AUGGAUCCGAGGAUACGACGGAUCAAAAAGGAGAUUGCCGAUAUCCAGAAUGACAAGGAGUCCGGCCUGACGAUUGACCUCGUCGAUGGAUCGAUGACGCAUCUCAUUGGCACCUUUCCUGGGCCAGAGGGCUCGCCCUACGAAGGGGGCCAUUUCGAAGUGCGUAGGGGGAAUAGGACAGCUGACGAGGGAAGAGGCGCGUGGCUCACUCUGCAGGACAUUGACGUCGUCGAGGGCUACCCGUUCCAGCCGCUCAAAAUGCGCUUCCUGACAAAAGUCUACCACCCCAACAUCAGCAGUGCGAGCGGGGCCAUCUGCCUCGACAUUCUCACCACCAAGGCGUGGAGCCCCGUGCUCACGCUGCGGUCCACGCUCGUCUCGCUCCGCAGCCUGCUCUGCUCGCCUGAGCCCAGCGACCCACAGGACGCGACGGUGGCGAGCCACUACAAGGCGGACCGCAAAGGGUUCGAGGACACGGCCAAGUUCUGGACAGAGUGCUAUGCGAGGGCAAAAGGCCCACAGGAAUCUACCUCAGCAGGGGGCAAGACCGGCGCUGCUCCAGGAGCAGCAGGCCCGGAUCCUGUGCUUGCUGCCGGCCUCGACGGACAGGAUGUGGACAAGUUUGAGAAGCUUGGCUUCCCGCGGGAGAAGGUCAUCGAGGCACUCGCGAGGAAGAACUACCGGGGGACAAACAAGGCAAAUGUCUCCGACGAUGCCAUCGUUGAGGCCCUGCUGGCUUAAGUGCUGGCCUGGCUUGUAUCAAUCUCGACCUCUUCUCUCUUCCUCUCCCUCUCCUUCUCACCCAUUCAAUAGCUCCUUGAUCCCGCACCAUCUUACAAAGGCAUGACGUAGCUAAUUCACCCAGAGCAUCUCUCUCUUUGUACCACUCCAGCACAUGAACAAAAUCGAUGAUGAAUGCGUACCAUUUCUCUCAUUGGGUGGCCGCCGCCGCCGCCUUGUUCUUCUUCUGCCGCUUCUUCUUCGCCUUCUUCUUUGC